AUGGCAAGGUCAGGGGACAUGGAAACAAAGCAGGAGAUCUGCGCAUUAAUCACGGAUGCGGAAAGUCGCAUAGAGGAUGAAAAGGCGAGACUGGAAGAGCUGCAAAAAAGGCUUGCAGAGCUUUCUUUUGGCCCAAAUACUAACAGGCCCAGUCCAAAUAAAAACGUUCAUCACAAACUGAAAAUGGUGGCAAGGGAUCUAGCUGAGAUCAACAAACGGAAGUCUCCCUUUCCCCAAAAGAAAAACAGCAGCAAUCAUAAGUUUGGAGAGCGAGUUACCGUCCUUUGGGAACCCCAAAUGGACGGCGAAGUUGGCUAUAUCAUUGGCACCACAACCGAGUUUGUCUACGUAGCGUUUGGAGAUAUUUUUGGUGAUAGUCGACUGCUCGUUGUUCUGAAAAAAUCCAAUCUUAACGUCCGGUCAGCUCGAUAG